AUGGCGACAACAGCUCAGUAUAUUCCGCGGAAUAACUCCUUACCGUCCAACCCGCUCAUGCAUCCGGAUUCGGAUAGGAUGCACCAAGGGACGACCUACCGAGAGGUGCAAAAGAUGAUGCACCACGAGUACCUGCAAGGGUUAGCGGCGACCAACACGGGACAUCCGAUGAGCCUGACCCACCACCAGUGGCUGCCCAGCUCCAACACGGACUGGACCAGCGGGACCCACAUCGGCCAACAGGAGCACAACAAAGCGAGCGUCCAGGCGAGCCGCGAGGACCUGAGCAGCGGGUUCCACCACAGACCUCACCUGGUCCACCAGCAAACGCAGAGCGCGCACCACGGCUCGUGGGCACCGACCACGACGCACCACUUGUCCCCGCUGUCCCCGGCGUCCAACGGCCACCAGUCAUUGGUCUACUCGCAGCCGGGUUACACGAACCUCAACGCCAUGCUGAGCCCGCAGCCCGCGUCUCUGCACCACGGCAUGCGGGACCCGCUGCACGACGACGCGGGUAGCCAUGACCACCAGAUGGAGUCGCCGCAGCAGGCGUUCAGCCACCACCAGGACCACUCGGACGAGGACGCUCCGAGCUCGGACGACCUGGAGCAGUUCGCAAAGCAGUUCAAGCAGCGGAGGAUCAAGCUGGGCUUCACCCAGGCGGACGUGGGCUUGGCCCUGGGCACGCUCUACGGAAACGUCUUUUCUCAGACAACUAUCUGCAGGUUCGAGGCUCUGCAGCUCAGCUUCAAGAACAUGUGCAAGCUGAAGCCGCUGCUGAACAAGUGGCUGGAAGAGACCGACUCGAACACGGGCAGCCCGACCAACCUGGACAAGAUCGCUGCGCAGGGGAGGAAGAGAAAGAAGAGGACCUCGAUUGAAGUAGGAGUGAAAGGCGCGCUAGAAAAUCAUUUCUUAAAAUGCCCCAAACCCUCCGCUCAUGAAAUCACCAGCUUAGCCGGCACUCUGCAGUUGGAAAAAGAGGUUGUUCGUGUUUGGUUUUGCAACAGAAGACAAAAAGAAAAACGAAUGACACCGGUGGGGGUCCCCCAUCCUAAUAUGGAGGACGUAUAUUCUCAAGCGGAGACCCCCCCUCACCACCACUCACUACAGAGCCCGGUGCAGUGACUAUUUUCAUGAACGAUUCAACCGUCUGGGAGGGAGGGAGGGAGAAAAUAGAAAAGGGAAAAGGACUACGGAGUUUACAGUAUUUAAUUUUGCUUUUUUUUCCUGUGAGAAAAGAGACUUGGCAAAGUUGGACAGAAGUGUGCACAGCACCAGGACAUUGUGGCUUAACAAAUAAAACGAUUGACAAAGGAAGGGGUGGUUGAAAAAAAAACAGUCACUAUUACAGAAUUAAUUUCAUACGCAUUUUAAUCAAAACAAAGAUCUUUAUUUACCAAAAUUCUAUGGAGGGGCUUACCCUACAGUAAAUUCGGUGUUCCAAGGCAGUUCGAAGGGAAUCGUGUUUCCAUCUCAACUUGGUCUCGUGAACUGAUUGCGGAUGCCAGCGCGAGGUGGUAGCCUGAAUAUUAAGAACAUACGAUGAACAUUUGCUUUUCUGGCUUAAACUGAUUAACCAUAUUUCUAAUUACUAGCCUCUUUUUCUUUGUUAUAUUAAUUGUGAUGUUUGAUUUGGAAAUUCUUAACUUCAGUGUCUAUCUUGUGCUGCAGAAAUGCUAUUAUUAUUAUUAUUGUUGUUAUUAUUAUUUCUGUCCUUUAUUAGGCUGUAUACUGUAACUCAUCCAAGCGCCUCCUCAGACUGUGUUGUACAAGUUAGUGGCCGGAGGAGCUGGUGAUAAGAUGAUAGAGAUGAUGGCAGCCGUUUGCGAAAUCAUCACACUCAAUGUCAGAUGCAUUUGAAAUGCAACAAGAAAUCUCAGUUCUGGCAGCCUUAUUAUAGAUAUUUAAAGCUUUGCAGCUGACUACAUUGAAUUUUUCAGAUAGCGACUGACGAGAAAAGGGCAAAAUGGAUAAUAGCCUAUUUGAUAAAACAUGUUCUUGUCGAUUUAAGUAUUUGUUUAAUAUUGUUUUCUUUUUAAUAUUGUUUUCUUUUGCAUGGAGCACUUAUUCUUACGUUUCAGUAUUGCAAUUCUAGAUUUAUUCAUCAAUUGGUUUCAGUGGAUAUGUUUUCAGUAUAGGCCUAUACGCAGUGAGAACAUGUUUACAAGUUUCUAGAAUCACCGCAGGACACAGUCAGCUUACAUUGCCAAAUGCCUAAAGUCCCCGCCACAUCAUAAGAAAGAGAUUGGUCAAAUACGAAAGUAAAACUCAGGUAAUUCUAGCGCCCCAGGUACAUGGAUCAGACAGGAGACAUCGCGUUGUCUUCUCAUUAAAAGCAGAGGAUUAUGAAAGGCACGCUGCGAUGAACUAAACCCAUUUUGUCAUUGUAUUGCAACUACUGUAUUCUGAGGAAAGAAUACUUCAAUUACUAAAGAUGAGCGAUUGAGGGACAUGUUUUAGCGUAUUUUUUUCUGACAAAGAUAAGAAGGUAUAGCUGGGGGAUAAACUUGUGCGUUGUGUAUCGUAUCUUGAUCUGCUGAAUUCGAAAGAACAGUCUUAUAAUACAAAAUCCUAUUGGAGUGCUAUUCGUUACAGUGGGAAACAACUUUUUUCAACAGCAGCAACAACAAACAAAAAAAGAUUUUAAAGAUAAUGUUGCCAGGAUUAUUUCCAAUAUGUAAAUAUGUCGAAUAUGUAAACUUCUACUUGUUCUGAGAUAUGUUUUCGUUUCUUUCCGGGCAGUUUUGUACACUAACUAAUUCCAAGAAAAUAUUUUAAUAUGAUUUCAUUUAUGAAUCUGACCAUUUAUAUAUAUAUAUUUAUUUCUUAAAUGUGUUUGGAGCGUUUUGUUUGGCUCUCAUAAUGGUUAUGUUGCAGUGGAUUUCAAUAUGUUUUGUUUACUACAUUGGUUGUAUGUUGAUUGCUAAAUGUAGACUGCAAAGUCACAUUUAUAUUUAUGUUAUAGUAAUAUUUUAUUACUUACAUAAAACAUAUAUACAAGAAGAGGUAUUUUGUCUUCAUUAAUAAUCAAACUCCUCAAAGUCCGUUUUUAGUAAGUGCUGUGACCUCACCUGACAACAGGCCGGACAGCUCGAGCGUCUGGGCUGAACAACCGUUAUUUAACUUUUUAGAAAGUGUUGAAUACACGCCAUGUGUUCACGUUUGA